UACGCACGUCUGUAUGCCUCUGGAAAUAAGCAAUUCUCUCAGACAAUAACUCUCAAUUCGAUUCGAUUUGAUUCGAUUCUCGUCUUGAUCUCUGCUUGUUUCUCUGUGCAUUCCCUGAUGUUGGUUUCGAGAGUUUUGUCGCGACUUUCCCGCAGCGCGGGCUUACGCUCCUCACUCUCAGCCGUCGCUCCGGCGAGGAACCAGUCUCCUGUCUUUUCGAUCCGGUUUCACUCCCUUCGUUCACGACUUCUCAACAAGCUUGUCGCAGCUCAGGUGUCUCUUGAUUCGUUUUCACUUCAAAGGUUCUCUUUUUCUUCCCCUACCUCGCCUGAAUCAAAUGAAAAGGAAAGCAAUACUGAGGCCUCAAAGACAAAUGAAGAGAAAGCUGCAGCUGAGGCAAAUGAAUCAGUUCCUGACGCGGAAUCUAAAGAUUCUAUGACCGAUUCUGCGAAGAGAAGGCGGAAAGGCGCUAAACGAGCUGCAGUUUCUGAAUCAGAUUCCGAGAGUGACGAUGAUGAUGAGGAGUUGUCAAAGGAUGAUUUGGUGAAGCUCGUAGUUGAGAAGGAAGAGCUAUUGUCUGAAAAGGAGAAAGAGAUUAAGAUGAUGAAAGAUAAAGUUCUUCGCACUUACGCAGAGAUGGAGAAUGUCAUGGACAGAACAAGACGUGAUGCUGAAAACACCAAAAAGUAUGCCGUACAGAAUUUUGCAAAGAGCCUUUUGGAUGUGGCGGAUAAUCUUGGUAGAGCUUCUUCGGUUGUCAAAGAAAGCUUCUCAAAGCUUGACACUUCGAAAGAUUCUGCUGGAGCUGCUCCACUUUUGAAGACCCUUUUAGAAGGUGUGGAAAUGACUGAGAAGCAGCUAGCUGAGGUAUUUAAGAAAUUUGGUAUGGAGAAGUAUGAUCCUAUAAACGAGCCGUUUGAUCCAAACAGACACAACGCAGUGUUCCAAGUCCCGGAUGCUUCUAAGCCAGAAGGCACAGUUGCUCAUGUCUUGAAGUCUGGAUACACGUUGUAUGAUCGAGUUAUAAGACCAGCUGAGGUUGGUGUUACUCAAGGGGGAGAGAGCGAAGAAGUCAAGAAAGAGUCUGAAGAUUAAAAAUAAGUCAGCUGGUUUCCAUAAAUUUUGCUACCGUUCUUUGUUUCGAGUAACUUAGUUAGCAUCUUCCUGAGUCUUUGAGUUAUAGUUUUCUCUUUUCGUUUGGUUAUUCAUUGGAUGAACAAGAUCUCCCAUAAGUUGCUGGACAUGGCACUUGCAGAAAAAGUCCUGCUUCUGUAUCUGUUUUCUCUAUCUUCAUAAAGCUUUAAUUGAAGCUUCUCCAAACUUUACUUGCAGAAGCGAAAGUUACAAUUCUUCU